GUCGCACAGAUGCCUAUAUAUAGGCUGCAUCGCCGCACUCGCAGCAGCACUUGCCUUGCAUAGUGCAAGCUGAAGAGACUGUGCAGCGCAUACGAACGCGAGAACCAUGCCUGCAAAGCGUGUCGUACUUUGGAAAAACGAAUCCGUUCAUGCUCCUUCCAGCGAAAUAUCUGCGACGGGUUCGUUCCGGCCAAGCUUGUCGGACAGUGGUGAUGAACACGUGCGAAGGUGUUCCAUAAUCACGGACUUCAGUACGCGUCGGCGGUUUUUCACGCUCCCAUCACAUCAUAGACGGCGAUGCUACGCUCUCGACUCCCCUGAAUCAUCGACGACGCUCUCGCGGGUUCCUCGGUACGAGUGUCGCCUCUCCGCGGCCAACAUUGCGAAUUCUGACUGUUCCUCGUCAAUAUGCAGCGACUCGUCCAUAUCACUGCAAGUUCCCAGCGACGCGAGCGAGCUUCUAGAGGAAGACGAGACGGCCCGUUUGCGGCAGGCGUUCGAGCUGUUCGACCACAACUGCGACGGCCUCAUCACCGCCCAAGAGCUGGGCGCCGUCAUGCUCACCCUCGGCUACGAAGAGUCCAGUGUAGAAGUCGAACGCAUGGUUACCGAGGCAAACACAUCCGGAAAGGACAACGUCGACUUCUCGGAGUUCCUGGCGGUGCUGGUCCAACAGCCCGACGCUCCCAUUGAAACUAUUCAGGCAGAAAUCGAAGUAGCUCUUCAAGCUACAGACCUUCGACAUGUCAUGUCUUCCUUGAACGAGUCUGUCACGGACAGAGAGUUGGACUCCAUGAUGAUCGCAGCCGACAAGGAUGGGGAUGGACUCAUCAGCUACGAGGAGUUCGUAGCUCUUUUCUCACCGGAUCAAGUCGUUGAAGAACCAGCAUAA